AUGGCACGGGCAGCUACUGCGCGCACCAGCGUCACCAAGCACCAGGAGGAUGACCCAGGCGCGGCCGCCGCCGACUCGCUCGAGGCCGCGCUGGCCCAGCUGGGACCCUUCGGCUUCUACCAGGGGUACAUGCUGAUCAUGCUGUGCAUCCCCAACCUGCUCGCCUGCAUGUACUCGCUCAACUACAUCUUCGUUGCUGACUCGGUGCCCUUCCGGUGCGUGGUGCCGGAGUGCGAGGGCGGGUACCCGCAGUUCGAGAACGACGCGGCGGCGGCGCUGCUGCCGGGCGGCGCGUGCGAGCGGUACGAGCCGCUGCAGCCUGACCUGGCCUCCUGCGACCGACACUCUUUCAUCAGAACCACACCAUCGCCUGUGACUCGUUCGUCUACGAGAAUUUCCACACCAUUUUUGCUGAGUUCGACCUGGCGUGCCGCGAGUGGAUGCGCACCUUGGUGGGCACGGUGCGCAACGUGGCGCUGCCCUUCGCGCUCGUCCUCACCGGCUACGUCUCGGACACGUCAGUACACGCCGCUACCUCACCAUCGUCCAUCAACUGCUACUAACUUAAUGCCAAGUUGA